CCAAAAUCUAAAAUUUAUCACCAAAGGUGCACCAAACCACACCAUAACAGUUAAGUUCGAAAAUCUGAGGGCGCUGCCUCUCUCCUGUUUCACAUAGACUCUCUCUCUGUGUUCAAAAACGCUUCGACUCGGUCCGAUCUCUGACUCAGUGGGUCAAACUCAGUCCUUGGCACCUUGCAAAUCCAACUCCAAGCUGUAUAAUUUUCUCUCCAUCUACCCAGCCCUGUUCUACGACGCCUGGGUUUCAAGGGUCCAACUCUUAUUUUGCUUCGCUUCGUCAAUUCCAACCACUUGCAAGUUGCUGAAUCUCCUUCUCUCCAAAGCUCCAAUUUCUUGACCAAAUAGUGAGGUGAUUUUAUAAGCUUCAGGGAAAGGGUGGAAUAGCAGCUAUGGUUUGUUAGGGUUUUCUGGUUUGUUAAUUUGGGAUUCUCCUAAAUCCAGGUUGAGGAGAAGAUUGCAAGUUUUUAGGUUUUGGAGGAUAAGUCUUGUCAUGUAAAUUUGGUGUUUUUCCUUUUGAUGUUUUGGUAGCGAAGGGGAUGGUGGAAGCUUCUUAAGUCUGGGUUGGCGUGAAAAUUUGGGGUUUCGCUUCGCCUUUACCUGUAUAGAAAGAUUGUUGUAUGUAAUCGGGUGAGAUUUAAGGUGGGAAAAAAAAUCAGAGAGAAAUGUUUUAUUCUCAGUUUAUUUUGGCCAAGAAAGGUCCUCUUGGGACGAUAUGGAUAGCGGCGCAUUUGGAGCGCAAGCUUCGCAAGAAUCAGGUCGCCGACACCGAUAUUGGCGUCUCCGUAGAUUCUAUUCUUUUUCCUGAAGUUCCAAUUGCGCUCAGGUUGUCCAGCCAUCUUCUGCUUGGUGUUGUGAGGAUAUAUUCUAGAAAGGUGAAUUACCUGUUUGAUGAUUGCAGUGAGGCUUUGCUUAAGAUAAAGCAAGCUUUUCGCUCCACUGCAGUUGAUUUACCUCCAGAAGAAUCUACUGCUCCAUAUCAUUCCAUCACCUUGCCUGAGACUUUUGAUCUUGAUGAUUUUGAGCUGCCAGAUAAUGAAAUUUUUCAGGGUAACUAUGUUGACCAUCAUGUCAGUACACGGGAGCAAAUAACUCUCCAAGAUACAAUGGAGGGUGUGGUUUACUCGACAUCUCAAUUUGGAUUUGAUGAGCGGUUUGGUGAUGGCGAUACUUCUCAAAUUGGUCUGGAAUUUGAUGAGGACCUGUUCUUUGGCAAGGUUGCAGCUCAAGUGAAUGAUGGAAUCUCAGAUGGUGAUCCUCAAACAUUGGGCCAAUCAGUAACACCUCUGGAAAAGCAUGAUAUGUAUGACGGGAUACCUGGAACUUCAGAAACCAUACAAAUGAAUGGAAUUGAAAACCAGAAUGAUGUCCUAGCUGCAAGUACUGAUUUUGUUACGUAUGCUCAAGCUCCAUCAACUCCUGGACUAUUUGAAGAGCCAAACCUGUUUGUGGUUCAGGAGCCUAUGGCCUGCAGUGAUCACUUGGAUUUCGAAGACCAUAAUUUAUCAAAUUUAGCAUCCAUGGGCAGCUCAGAAAAUGCUGGUCGUAUGUCAGGUCCGCGUUGUGGGGAUGAUAGUACAAUGGUUUCUCCCAAAGAGAAUGGCUACCAUUUGAGCGAUAUGGAGAUCAAACAAACAAAGCCACAGGAGCAUGAGCUGAUUGAAUCCAUUUCUCCCGUAUUAGAAUGUUUAAAUGGGACAGUUGGUGCAUUGGAUGGCCGAAACAGGAUUGAAGAUAUACACAAUGGUAUUGUUAUAAACAAUGAACCACUUAUGCCUUUCCUAGAUCAAAAGGAUGCACAACAUGCAGAACCUGCUGGAGUUAGGUUUGAUGAAACUGUUGCAUCUCCUAGCUGCUCCCAGGUCACAUCUGAGUUGGACGACCCUGCUCGUAAGAUUAGUUCAAGUAAUUCCUGUCCGAGAGCGUCAGAAGAUUAUUUGGAAUAUCAGCAGACAUGUUUAAAGCCUGAAAUACAGAAUGAUGUUGAAACUGCUAAUAAUAUGGAACAAUCAUGCAUACCUAACAUUACAGAUCCUUUUAAGCCUGUUACUCAUGAAGAUACAGCAUCUGCUGAAGUGCCUGUGCUCCGGGCGUGUGGCUCCCUCCCGAGUCAUCGUGAUAUGCUAUCUCCUGCUGAUAAAAUUUCGGAAAUCCCCUUCAACUUACCAUCUGAGGUUGUAGGGCCAAGUUCAUUGGACAAUGCAACAUCUUUGGACAAUCAAUUGGAGAACUUGGAUAGGUUUGCCACUUCUAACUUGCCUGCACCUGAAAAGUUGCUCUCUGUACCAGAGGGGUUCACUUCUAAACCAAGUGAUUUUCUAGUGGAACCUACUCCUGAAAAAGAAGUCAUAGGUGGGGAUGCUGGUGAUGGUGAUGGGAUUAAACUCAUCUCAGGUAAAAAACGUAGUUCCACAGAAAGUACACUGACAGUGCAUAGUUUGAAUUCAGUUGAAUCAUUUGGGGAGGCCCGAGGAGAGAGAACUGCAGAAUCUAUCCCUGAUGAUGAUGAUUUAUUGUCUUCUAUUUUAGUUGGAAGGUCUUCAGUUCUAAAAAUGAAACCCACUCCGCCUGCACCUGAAAUGAUAUGCACUAAACGCUCAAGAACUGCUGCCCGCGGUACUGCCUCAAAGAGGAAAGUGCUAAUGGAUGAUACAAUGGUCUUGCAUGGCGAUCAAAUACGCCAGCAGCUGACAAAUACUGAAGACAUACGUCGUGUGCGAAAAAAGGCUCCUUGUACUAGCCCAGAAAUUUCAAUGAUUCAGCGACAAUUUUUGGAAGAUGCAAUUUUUACUGAACCCAUAUUUACUGGCAUGUCGGCGGAACUGAUUUAUCUGCACACCGGAACAUUUGAUACAAGUUCAACCAGGGUUUCCGAAAAUGAGCAAAACAAUGUUUCUGCGGAGCCAUUGAACGAUGUAGAAUCAUUUCUGGAGCCAAAUGUUACUAAAGAAAUUGAACCCCUUCGAAGCACUGAACCUGUAAUAAUGAGUGAUGACUCAGCAGCACAGCCUGCUGGCUUUCCUAUUGAGAACGAGAACCAGAAGGAAGAAGAUCAUAACCUAAGAUCUCACCAUACUGAUGCUCAAGAACAGGGGAUCGCUGACCUGGAAGAAUUUAAUACUUCCAAACAUGAACCCUUGGGGGAGAUAGCUGAAAUGGAAAUUGACAAAGAAAAUUUUGAAGUUGCUGAUCCUAUUGUAGAAGAUAUUUACAGGGCGUCAGCUGAUGUUAAUGUCCGGUCAAGGCUUAUGGAUAAAACUGAUGAUGAAGAUGUGUUGCUACAGAUGGAUGCAUUAUGCAGGUCACCAAAUAAUAAGUUGGACACCCAACCCAUGGAGGUGGAUGCAUUGAUAGUGGAGGCAAGUAUCCAGAAAGAAGUUGAUGCCAUUGAAGUUGUUGACCGUAAUGUCAAAAUCAGAGCAGAUGUUCGGAUAGGUGCGUCUGAACUCACCGACAAUGUAAAUGUUACGCUCUCAACUGGAGAAUCCAAAAACCUUAGUUUCUCAGAUUAUCAACCUGUGGAAGGAAUUGGAAAUAGUGAGCAACAUAUUGUGAAUGAAACUGAGGUCCUGGAGGCAAACUUGCAUUGUGAUGACAAUGCUUCCUUGAAUGGUAAGGAAAGUCUUGGUUUUCGGGAGGUUGAUCCACAGAGUGGCAUUGAUGCAGUAGUUGCUGCAGUUGCAGAAGAUCGUGGUGAUUGUGAAGACGUAGGUUUUGGAAAUGAUACAGAGUUUUUGAAUGUGGAUGAUGAUGAAAUAACUGAAGAUGUCGAUGACAUGCCGUGCGCUGAAGAUACUCGUCUUCUUGAGAACAGUGGAUGGUCUUCCCGUACCAGGGCUGUUGCCAAGUAUCUCCAGACUUUACUUGAUAAGGAACCUGCGCAUGGGAAAAAAGUUCUUGGCAUGGACAGUCUGUUAAAUGGUAAAACUCGAAAGGAAGCAUCAAGGAUGUUUUUUGAGACAUUGGUUCUUAAGACAAGGGAUUACAUCCAUGUGGAACAGGCAAAGCCCUUUGACAACGUCAGCAUAAGAUCUCGAGUAAAACUCAUGAAGUCAGAGUUUUAAUAUCUUACAUAGGAAAGGCAGAUAUUGUUGAAAAGCCUUUACAGUUUAGUUUGUGUGAUGCUCGAUUAAGAAUUGGAACAUUCUUUUCCUUCAUUAGGUAUUUUCUCAAAAGAAUCUUCCUUUUUGUUCGUAAAAAAAUGGUUCCUUUUCCCCUAGUCUAGGAAUUAAGUUCGCGUUAGGUUGUGUAAUUGAUGAGGGAUACAUCUUGUUGAUUGUAGCGGUGGAUCAUGUCAAUAUGAUGUAUAUAUUAUUUGUAAAUUAGUAUUAUUUGUAUCGGUGCUAGUAUUUCAUUUUCCAAUAAAGCCUUGGCCCUUUGACUGUCA